AUGGGAUUAAUAUCAUACUAUUGUCUUAUUGUCGUAGUUUUUAUAGCUCUGAUAAUUUAUGAUUUAUUGUUUUAUACAACCUAUACAUAUGAUAUUUGCCCUCCUAUUGAAUACACAAGUGCUCGUUUACUUUUUCAGAAUCCUAAUUCAGCAUUUGAUUAUGUAAACAAUUCUAUAGCAUACCAAACUACCACUGAUAACACUACUACCACUGAUAACACUACUACUACUGAUAACAAUACUGCGACUGAUAAUUCUACUGCAACUGAUACUACUACUAAUUCAAAUGUUAGUGAUACUUCUAUGGCAAAUAAAUUAGUAAUUUUAUUUAAAUAAAUUAGGUAUCAAUUCCAUUUAUUAUUAUCUUAUUAUAUUGUGGUGUUAUUGGUUUAAUUUUUUUAGCAAUGCUCGGUAUUUAUUGUUUUGGUAAAAUGCCGAGUGAAAGAUUUGGAAAUUUAAGUAGUUUUUUAUAAUUAUUCUGGAGAUAUAUGUUGGGCUUGUUUAGGUAUAUAUGUUAGAAAUUUUGCUGUCUUAACCAGACUUCUUUCUUGGGUUGGAUUAUUAUUAAUGGCAAUCUAAGCAAUAAUUACCAUUACUGAUGAAGAAUGUUAAAGUGCCACUCAUGAAUACAAAUAAAAUAGAAAAAUUUAUUAUUAGGUAACUCUCUAUUUAUUUUGAGGAAGGAGCUAUGUACGAUUCCUCAAUAUUGUUAAUAUUUGUAAAUAUAUGUUUUUGGGGAGCUACUCAUUGUAUUAUACCAUCUUUAAAGCUUUUUAUUGACUCAGAAUCAUUUCUAUACGAACCUUUUGAUAGAAGCAAAGGUUUAGCAUACUGGUUCUGCUGUAUAAUGUUAGGGCCAUGA